AUGGUUGUCCGUGAGGAUGAAAGUGAAGCGGAUAUUUGUGCAGACAGUGAUGAUUUAAACAGUCUUGAUGAUUCUGAUGAGGAUGAAGUUAAAAAUUAUCCAUUGUUUGAUCCAAAGAAGGAUUUUGAAAAUCUAGAGUUGAAGCUUGGUUUAGUUUUUAACUCAAAAAAAGAAGCAAAAUUCACAAUUGAAAGUCAUUGCAUUAGACAAGGAAGACCUGUGAAGUUUGUAAAAAAUGAUAAUAUCCGGCUUUGGGCUAAGUGUAAUGAUGAUAAUUGCUGUUGGAUGAUCCAUGUUGCGAAGAUGACUAAUGAUAACUGUUGGCAAGUAAGAAAUUUUGAUGGAUGUCACAGUCAUUGUGUUCGGGAUUUUAAAAACAAGUGUGUCAACUCAACAUGGUUGGGAAAAACUUUUGCUAAAAAAUUCAGCACAAAUCCUAAAUUGGGACACUUGGAGUUUAGGGAAGAGAUUUCUACCAUCCUGCAAUCAGAUUUUUCGAGGAAGACUGCCUACAUGGCUAAGAGAAAGGCGCUGAAAUUGGUGCAAGGUUCUGUCGAGGAGCAAUUUCAGCAAAUAAGGAAGUAUUGUGCUGAAUUGAAAAGAUCUGACGUUGGGGCUACUAUAGUUUUGAAGUUGACGGAGGAUGAUGAAGGUCCAAGGUUUCAGAGAUUAUAUGUUUGUUUUUCAGCGUGUAAGCAAGGAUUUAAGAAUGCUUGUCGGCGUAUCAUUGGUGUUGAUGGAUGCUUCUUAAAGGUAGAACAUGGUGGGCAAUUGUUAUCGGCCGUGGGGCUAGAUCCAAAUAAUAAUAUAUUUCCAAUAUGUUAUGCAAUGGUUGAGCGUGAAACAAAAGAUAGUUGCACAUGGUUUCUUCGCCUCUUAGAUGAAGACAUUGGUAUUGGCAAUGAUCCACAUACCUGGGCAUUUAUGUCAGAUAAGCAAAAAGGUUUGAUUCCUGCACUUGAAUCAUUGUUUCCUGAUGUUGAACAUAGAUUUUGUGUGAGACAUUUAGAGAGCAAUAUGAAACGUGAUGGAUUCAAGAGUGUAGCGAUUAAGAUCGCCUUUUGGGCUGCGACAAAGGCAACAAGAAUUGAAGAGUUUCAAGUGCACAUGGCUGAGUUAAAAGACAUUGAUACAAAAGCAUAUGGAUGGUUGGUGAACAAACCUGAAAGCCAGUGGUGUAAGGCAUAUUUCAGCACCACUUCUAAAUCAGACAUCUUGUUGAAUAACAUGUGCGAAAGUUUUAACAGCUUUAUAUUAGAUGCUAGGGAGAAGCCAAUAAUUGAGAUGUUUGAGAUAAUACGAAAUCUUUUGAUGGGCAGAUUUCAAAAAAAUAGAGAGAGGGCUGAGAAAUGGAAAGGUCGAAUUUGUUCAAAGAUCAGAGAUGUGUUAGAAAAGAUCUAUGUGGAGGCUAUUAGGUAUUCCCCCAUGAAAUCAGAUGAAAUGCACUACCAGAUAACAAGGUCAGAUGAUAGACGUGAUCAACAUUCGACAUUCCUUGCAAGCACGCUGUAUGCGCCAUUUGGUGCAAAAAAGAUGAUCCAGAGGCAUAUGUCCAUCCUUAUUACUUGGUAG